UGGACGAUGUUACGUGCGUACUGCAAUUCUAUAUUAAGAGCAUUAUUUUUUUUUCGUCGUAUUUCGCACUUUUGAAUAAUUUAAUUGUUUAAAACAGUUCCUAUAACAUUUUUCUCUUUUACUUUGUGUGUAUGUGACACUUUUAUUUUAAUUUUGAUUCGAUUUUGAUGUUGGAUGAAGGCAUAAAUAUUCGCGAGAUAAUCAUUUUACAGUGUUCAAUCGAGUACCAAGAACUGCUUCAUUUUUCACCAGGUUGCGUUCAUUGUUUAUAUGUAUGUUAAGAUAAAAACUAGUUUGUUGUGUAAGAGCAACGGUAGUGCUGAAUUUAUUUCAUCACAUUUUUUUUUUUCACCACAAAAUCGUGUGCAAGUGUGUUGUCGGUCUUCUGUUGUUGCCCCGUCUCGAGUAUAAAUGAUUCUCAAAAACCAUAGUAAACAAGAGCAAUUGUGAACGACAAAAGAAAUAUUCAAUUUUAAUUUGUUUCAAGAAAUGUUCAAUUAUGUGCAGCGUCUAAAUAAUAAAAUGUGAUAUCUUUUUUUAUAGUGUUGUGUGCAGUUUGUUGCUAAAUUAAAUUCAAGAAAAUGACAUCACAUCGAAUUAAUGAUCACUUAAGAAAAGUGGCAUUCCAACGCACUUAAAAAAAAUAUUGCACUGCCAUUUAAGAGAUUGCUUCGAAUGAUGUAUUCUCUUUAGUUUUGUAUCCCGUGCUUGACGUGUGAUAUUCUAUUGUAUAAAUUCCGCUAUUGCAUUUUGUGUCAGAAAAAGAAGAAUAAGAAGAAAAGACGGAGAGAAGAGAAAAAAAAAACGUUAAAACGGCGAAUUUAAUUGUAAUAUAAAUUGAAAACUAUCGGUUUAACCAAGAAAGAAAGAAGAACCAAUAAAAAAAAGGUUGCGAUCAAAGUGCCACAGUGGAUUUGAACCAAAACAAUGACAAAGAACUGUACACACAAUUUGAGCCUGAAUUUAAGUGUUCAUUUGCGUUAAGAAAAAGAGAAGAAAAAAGAACAUCACACAAAAAUGAGAUCGAUUUUCAUCCGUUGUUCGUUAAAACGAACAUUUUUAUCGUUAAUUUUAAUACUCGUCAUCGAUGCAAUACGAUAUACGAAUGGAGCCGGCCGACAACCCCCACCUGCUGUGGAAAUAAAUAAAUGUUGUCGAAAUGGCGAAACUCUCGAUCGUAACAAAGAAUGUUUGAUCGGAGGAACAGACAAAUGGUGGCCGCUAAUAUAUAUGAUUGCAAAACAGGCCUAUUUUCCAAAACAAGGUGAAGCACCACGUUUUUUGCGCGCCCGUGAAUCCAAACGACCCGACUGUCAACAUCCCGAAUUAUUUUUAAAUAACAUUGCACUAUUCUCGAAUGGUUCCCUUUUUCUCGGCGAACGAAACUCGUUUAUUGAUCGAAAUGAUUAUUGUAUCGAUAAAGAUAUCGCUUUGGUGUGUUUGCCGAAUGGUGCUGAUUCACUGACAACAUCAACAAAAAUUCGAAAAUGUUGCAGCAUCAAUUCAAUCUACUUAACGCGUGAACAAAAUUGCGUACCAACUGAUGAACGACCACAACAACUAUUCGAAACGAAAAAUAUAAGUAACAUUGAUUUUCGAUUUGGAUUUCCAUCUUGUAAGGGUCCAGGAAAUAAUAAUUAUGUGAUGGCCGAUAAAUUCCACGAGCAUAAUUUAAACGUUGACAAUGGAUCAUACACUUUGAAGAAUACACGCCAAAUUCUAACCAACGAUGAAUUUUGUAUCGACCACACGAAUCAAAAUGGAAGUAUGGUAUUUGCAUGCGAUGACAUGGUCACCAGCAAGGAAAUAUCAGAAGACAACACCGAAGAGAAUCGUCGCUUUCUCAUCUAUGCAAUUGCAUUAAUUAUAUCCGUGAUAUUUUUGUCAUUGACAUUGGCGAUUGGAUUUUUGUUGCCAUCAAAUCAUCAUGUGUUGCAUUGCAGAUGCCAGACCUAUUAUGUCGGAUACCUUUUAUUUGGUGAUUUACUUCUUGCAAUUAAUCAACUGGGUGGGUCAGGCAUCAAAGGCAUUCUAUGCUCAGCCAUAGCCACAUCGAUGCACUUCUUCUUCCUUGCUGCCUUCUUUUGGCUCAACGUAAUGUGCUUGAACAUCUAUCUCACAUUCCGUGACUUUCGUCCGACAACGUUGGGAAAGAAGCAAGAGAAAAUCCGUUUACGAGUGUACAAAAUCUAUGCAUGGGGCUUUCCAUUUCUUAUUACCGCCAUUGCGGCUAUUAUGGACAAUUUACCCGAUACACAAGAUGUACUGCGACCAAGAUUCGGUGAAAAAUCAUGCUGGUUUUUUGGUAACAUGGAAAUCUUUGUGUACUUCUUUGGUCCCGUUGGUAUGCUGUUGCUCAUAAAUAUUUGCCUAUUUGCAUCGACAACAAGACAACUUAUGUGCGGCCUUUGGAAACAGGACGACGUAAAAUCAUCUACCGAGCGAGCUGCAUUGGGUCGUGUUUGCAUGAAAUUGGUCGUUGUCAUGGGAAUAACUUGGUGUGGUGACGUUUUAUCUUGGGCCCACAAUGUUUGGUUGCCCAAAAAUGCCAAUCAAAGCCCAGAUGUUCCCUUUUAUUUCUGGUAUGUAAUUGAUACAAUAAAUGCUCUACAAGGCGUAUGGAUUUUUUUGGUGGUCGCAUCACAACCGCAGGUUUUUUCGGCAAUCGGAAGAUUUUUCUCGCCAAAAAGUAGCCGCUCCAAACUAAACACAGCCCAUGGUCAACAUCAUUCAAGCUCAUCGAAUGGACUGGCAUCAAUUGGUGAAUCUAUGACAAAUCACACAUUUAAUACAACAACAAACGCAUCGAAAGUGCCAAUGGAAACAAUUUGUUAAAUUCCCACAUGAAAACUAUACACAUCGAAGAACAGCAAUCCGAAUGCCAAUCGAAAUAUAUUUUUUUGAUUGGCCACUUUUACAAAUUGAAAUCAAUAGAUGUUUUCUUUUAACCAUU